AUGUUCAGGAAGGAUGAAGAUGAAGAAAAGAAGGAUGCUGAGGAAGGCGAAGAAAAGGAAGCUGAAGAAGUCGAGGAAGCCCCGAAGAGGCUAAAAAAGCCUCAGCCAAAAAACAUGUCGACGAAGAAAAGGCCGAUGACGAGGAGAAUCAAGGAAUUUUUAUAUCUGCAUCUCUUGCAGAAGCCUGAAGAGAUGGAAGAAUCGGAAACAAAAGCAGAUGAAGGUGAAGAGAAGGAAGAGGAAGCUAUUGGGACUAAGUCUUUGCGAUCGCGGACCCGCCGUUCAAAUGUUGCUGAGACACCAAAGGCAGAAGAGCAGACACCCAAAAGACGUGGGAAAGCGGCUAAAAGCACAAAGAAGGAUGUUGCUGCUGAAGCAGAAGACGAAAGCGAGCAAGAUGCUGCUAAGGAAAAAGACAAAGCAGAAGAUAAAGACGAGCAACCUUCUCGA